GUAAUUUGGCUAUGGCCGAUGAUGGGCACCAUCGACCACAAGGAUGGUCUUCUUACACGAAAACGAUGUACGGUAUGGGCAUCGACCAGGCUGCCAUUGAUCCAUUCCCGCCAUUAGGUACGGCACAUUCUAGGGCGAGCCAAGCAGAGGAGAUUCCAGCGAGCUACGCCAGCGCUGUGGAUCCUUUCAAUCGCGGCAGCGAUGGAGAAUCCGCGCCAUUGCGCGAGGAAGAGCUCGCGGUGGGAGAUUCGCAGGGCGCGGCUGCAAGCUCCUCCAGCUCCACCAGCGAUUUGGCUAUGGCGUCGAGCAGCGGCGAUUCUUAUCACCAGCUUCGCAAGGAUGCGAUCAAAGCGUCAAGGCUGAUGAGCCGGCACGCGCGAUCCGCCGCCACUGCAUUCCAGCGCGGCGAUCAUCACAGGGCCAAGGAGCUGUCACGGCAGAGCCGGCAAGAACGCGCGCUCGCAGAGAAGCUCAACUUGGAGGCCGCCGCGGAGAUCAUGAAACUCCGGAACCAGGAGGCCGCGCUUCCGGCAGGGACGAUCGAUUUGCACGGGCUCCAUGUUCGCGAGGCAGUGGCUGUUCUCCAGCAAAGGCUAGCGGAGCUCGAGGAUCAAAUCUCUUCCUCCUUACACAGGAGCCAUCUCACAGUCAUCACAGGAACUGGAUCGCACAGUCGCGAUGGGCCUGCGAUUCCCACUGCCGUGACCAACUUUCUCAUCACUAACAAGUAUCACCCUCGCACCACACCAGCUCUUUGUAUCUUUUCACACCUUUUCUCAUCUCACAGCUACAGAUACACGGAGCCACGACCCGGAAUGAUCUCCGUUCAACUAAAAAUAAGGAAAGAGAUUCUCUGAAGUUUCUUAACUUACCAUGUACUCUUCCAGCAUCAUCGCGACUUGUAUACAUACGUAAUCGAUUUUCUCAGGCAAGCUGAUUUUUUUCUCA